AUCUCAUCGGCGGGGGUGGAGUAUGGAGCGGGGCACAGGUGAAAGAGUACAGUCACACGGACAAUACCGGGAGCCCCAGGGACUGCUGUCAUAACAAUGACAGGGAGCAGUUGUUAACCGGAUGAUCUGAAACAAACGAUUUACGGGUAUAUUUAAUAAGUUAUUUCAUAUUAUUCAGACAAAAAGUUCGCAUAUAGUUACUUUCCAGGUGAAAUGAUUAACGCGGAGGUGUUAAGGCCGAUGAACAGCGGGCGUAAAGCGCUCGGUAAACUCGCCAGCCGGCUGGAAGAAGUGAAGAACCCGUGGAGGUACAGUUCGGCCUUGGAGCUGAGCCACAAUGAAGCGGCCAGACUGGCCACGGACGCCUUACUGGAGUCCGGGGAGAAUGAGUACCGGCGUGUCUUGGCGGAGGAGAGAGAGCUGAACUUUCUUUCAUCUCUGGAAAUUAAAUUCAUUACCGAAAACGUGGCCAAGAAUAGCUUCUCGAGUGCUGUGUGCGGAAACGGCUCUGAUAUCGGGGAGGGGGACGCGGUGUCGGAGCUCACCUCUGGGACGUAUUUCCCCAUGAUGUCGGACGAGGAGCCACCGAUACUGGAGCUGGGCUGGCCGCAAGUUCCUGACCGAUACGGACCCUCGGAAACGCAGAUUUACUUUCAACGGGACAAGUCGCACAACGUCAAAGACCUCAUUCGCUCAGUUAUAAGUAAAGCCAAGAAGGUAAUAGCGCUGGUGAUGGAUGUUUUCACGGAUGUUGAUUUGUUCUGCGAUCUGAUGGAAGCUUCCGAGAAACGUAGAGUCCCCGUAUACAUUCUCUUGGAUGAGAAGAACCUGCACUACUUCAUUGAAAUGUGUAAAGCUCUGGAUGUCGACAGUUCGCAACUUACCAACAUGCGAAUUCGGAGUGUUUGUGGAGAGACAUACUGCACCAAAUCCGGGAAGAAGUUUGCUGGGCAAGUCCAAGAGAAGUUCCUCAUCGUGGACUGUGAAGAAGUCAUUGCAGGAUCAUAUAGCUUCACCUGGCUUUCAGCGCUGGUCCACAGCAACAUGGUGCUGCACUUUUCUGGGAGGGUCUCCGAGCCCUUUGACCGGGAGUUCCGCUGCCUCUACGCUGACUCCCAGAUCAUCAGUUACUUUGACGACCCGGAGGAGGAGGAGGGACUUCCCUAUUACCCAGUCUCCAAUCCAGCACCCAGCACGGGUCUGGAUAUGCAGUUGUCCCGGGAGAGAGAUUAUUCAGAGAACUCCAGUAGUCAGUCUAGUAGCAGUGUGUCCAGCAUCAAGAAGGCCCCUGGGAUGUCCAGUCACGUCAACAAGUUUGAGCAGGAAAGUAAGCAACCAGUUCCGGACUGGAGAGUUGGCCAAAACCAGGGAGCAUGGAACUCAACAAGCAGUCCCGGUCAGAACCCGGUAGUGGACCACGGCGUCUCUGGCGUAGGCCAGACUGAGUGGUACAAAGCAGCAGCUCCUGAUUCCUUUACAGCUAAUGUUGGAGGAACCACGUCAAAGUUGCAGGGUCUGGGUAUCUACGAUCACAAACCAAACUAUCACGGUACCCCUAGGUCUCCACCUGGACCGGACGUUAAAGUCACCAACAGGAACAGCAGAAAUCAAUCCCGCCCCAUCCUCAACAAAAUAACUGAUUUCUUCUCAGCCUCGGGUAAGGAGAAGUCCCCUCCUCAGAGCAUGGCCUUUGGAGGGCCAGAUCUUUCGCAGACAGAGCCCGAGAGCAAGCAAACACUGCCUCCCCCACCAGUAUCACCCACAGAUGGGUCUUUCAUGGGUCAUCGGAUAACACGAAAUGACAAUGGAAGGAUGACCCUGGGACACAGUAAGCUUGACCUGGUCAACCACUACAACAAAAUGAAGACCAAGAACAUCUACAGUAGAUUUGAGCUCAAGAAUAACAACCCUGGGUAGGAGGUCACAUUGUGGAGAAAUGUCUUUGCUACUUAUGAGAGAAGCAAGAGCAAGUACUGCAGGAUAAUUGCAUGGAUUAAAACUGAGUAAGUAUCGCAGACUGUGUUCUCGUAAUGGCCAGCGGACGGACUGCAGAACUUCCUAAGUCUUGCCCUUUGAGGAUGCAUAUUUGUAUAUGUUGUGCAUAUUAUAUAAGUACGAACAUCCAUUCGAAAGGACUGUUCAUACAUAUCAGAGCACAUGAAUUUUACAUGGAAGUGUGGACUGCUUCAGAAACUGUGCAAUUAAAGGAAAAACAAACCUGUGACCUGCACUGUAUGACAUAUACCUCUGAUUUCCAGAUGCUCUUAAGUUCGUGAUUUCAGCUGCAGAAUGGGUGAUUUCUACAAGCAGAACGUCUCUGUAAAGUGCGCACUGAUGAUCUCACGGGAGACAGCAUUUCAAGGGCAUGUUGUCUAGCGCUCUUAAAACUACCAAAAUACAGAAAUUACAUGAGUCAUCACUGCGUCCACCCAUAAUUGACGUCCUCAUAAACUACAUUGUUCUACAUGUUUCAGCCUGUUGUGGUUUAAGCAUUUACCUUUUUUUGCGUACAUAACUCUGCAUAGUAAAAAAUUAAAUCGUGUAUUUUAUAAUACUGUCUGGAAAUAAAUGAAACAAGUAUAUAGAAAAAUUUUAUAUUAGAAAUUUCAGCUGUCAGCUGCAGACAUUGCAAUUUCAUGGGAGGGGAAGAAACGUUUUUGUAUGUUAAAGCUGAAAUAAUUCUUGCAGCGUUGUUUACAGGAAACAUGUUGAUGUGGGAGAAACCAAAAAUGUUUUUCUGCUCUCCUUAAUAUACUGAAGUGAUACCCAACCGAUUCUGUUGCACAAAACAGCACACUUAACAACUAAUCAAAUACAAAUGACUCCCAUAAUUUUUUUUCCACUGUAUAUACCAACAUGGCUGUGAAUAUCAUGAGACUCAAUGAUUCUUUUUAAAUUAGGUUAGUUUUUUCUGACUUGUUUUUUACUAAAUUAUUUUUCAACCAAAAUGUUGUGAAUAUUUAGCAUAAAUCAUUGGUGGAAUAGUUUGUUACCUACAUUUUGUGGUAUAAUGUGAAUGUUUGAUAAAAGCAAUAAUAAAAGCAAUUCACAAUUUG